GGUUCUUCCAUGAUCGAUGCGGGCAUGAAUGAGCGAGAGAGAAAAAGUAAUCAAUCACUUGUCCGAUUCGUUUCUAGAAAGAAAAAAAGCUGAGAAUCUUUAAGAACAACAAUGGCUAUGGGCGCUUUGAAUGAGCUCUACUAUGUCCUCGCGACAAAACCCGAGCAGGAGAAGAUCACUCCCGAAGAGCAAACUACUAUUCUCUCGUGCCAUCUCAAAGGUUUGUGGACUGCUGGGUUUGCGUCUGGUGUUGGAGGAGGUUUAACUUGGCAAGUGACGAAAAAGUUGAAAGCGCCGAGAGGACUAGAGAGGCUUGCUCUUGCAGCUGGAGUGGCUAGUGUAAGUUUGCUUGUUGCUUGGGAUAGGGCAAGUUCGAAAACUGCAGUUACUUACCUUGAUCGUAUCCUUAGUCAAGAUGGGACACGGAUGCAGAAAGAGCUCGUGAAUGUCUUAGUCAAGUCGAAUAGAGGUGAAUCUUGGAGGUGGCAACUUAUGUCCAAGCAUUUCUAUCCCGAAGCUGUUUACGGUGAUGAAGGAGACAAACCUCAAAUGCGUUGGCGUAGAAGAACCACUUUCACAGAACUUGCCUCAUCUUAUGAUGAUGUCAAUGUAAUCAAAUCUCAGAAAAACCACAACGGCUUACCAAAGCCUUCUCAUCGAAACAUUUCCAAUGGAUCUGAUGCUUCAAAGACUAAACCCAUUCACCAAAAUAGUUUGGGAAACCCGAAUGGCCAGAUGGUGGAAGAAGAUGCUCUUGACAUUAUAUUUGGUGGUUCAGAGCCAUCAGAGAGCAUUCCUGCGCCAGUUAUUACAAAGGGUUCAGGCAAAACGCAGACUCGCAAACAGAAAAGAGCUCAACGAAGACAGAGACUUAAGAACCGUGAAGCUUCCACCACAAAUACCCCUCAGUACGAACUUGCGUAGAGAAGACAAAACAAUUAUAUAUGUUCUGCUCGAUGUUCAUCACGAUGUAUUUGUCACUUUAAGGUUAUUUAGCUUAUUGAUGAUGGCUACAAGUUUCUUAAUUCCAAAUUGUCAUUUUGAAUCCCAUUUUAUGAAGGAUGGUUCUGUAAGAAUAUUGUUAUUGAAGAUGUAACAAGAUCUUUUCAUUGUAA